AUGUCUACCCCGUCGUCAUACGCCGACCUGCGCGACCUGUCGCCCAAUGAGGAUAAGGAUGAUAUCGACUCCCUCCCGUCCCUUUCCACCACCGACAUCUACUCCGAGACGGAGUCAGAAGCCCAGGAGGAGUGGGAGAGGAGUCUGGAGCAGCUGCAGCUCCUUCUCACCAUGAUCGUCGUGCCCUUUGUCGGCAAGUUCUUCGGGCGCAAGUUUGCCUACUGGAGCUGGACGCGGUACAUGGGCUGGGUGCACAAUGUACAGGUCCGCAUCACGAGCCCAAAGACCUUCAACGCGGUCGGUGCUGCCGAGGUUGCUGCCACGCUGUAG